UAUAAAGAGUGGAAUACUAAGGGAAGUAAGUCUCAGUCUUCGUCGUCGCACCUGACUUCAUUCUUCUCCGUGAAAUCGUCCCCGGUUUUCGUUAAUUGACUCCUCUUCUGUGUUGUGAAGAAAGCACCAUGCGUCUCGUUAUCUUGGAUACAAGCAAUGAUGUCAGCGAAUGGGCUGCAAAAUAUAUCAGGAGGAAAAUUCUGGAAUUUAAGCCAAGUGCUGAGCGCUAUUUCACUCUUGGCCUGCCGACUGGGAGCACACCCCUCGGAACUUACAGACGACUAAUUGAAUUCUACAAAGCUGGUUGCAUUUCUUUCAAGUAUGUGAAAACCUUUAAUAUGGACGAAUAUGUUAAUCUUCCCCGCGACCAUCCAGAGAGCUAUCAUUCGUUUAUGUGGAACAAUUUUUUUAAACAUAUCGAUAUAGAGCCGAGCAAUGCUCACAUACUGGAUGGCAAUGCUCCUGACUUGGACACAGAAUGCCGCGAGUUCGAAAAGAAGAUAGCAGAAGCUGGUGGCAUUCAACUUUUCGUUGGUGGAAUCGGUCCUGACGGCCACAUAGCCUUCAAUGAACCUGGUUCCAGUUUGGUUUCUCGCACAAGGGUGAAAACCCUCGCGCAGGAAACGAUAUUAGCUAAUGCUAGGUUCUUCGAUGGAGAUAUCGAGAAAGUCCCAAACAUGGCAUUAACUGUUGGAGUCGGCACUGUAAUGGACGCCAAGGAUGUCCUGAUAUUGAUUACAGGUGCACAUAAAGCCCUCGCCCUGCACAAAUCCGUAGAAGAAGGUAUCAACCACAUGUGGACCGUGUCUGCUUUCCAACAACAUCCCAGCACGACUUUCGUUUGUGACGAAGACGCCACCUUGGAGCUGAAAGUGAAAACUGUCAAAUAUUUCAAAGGUCUCAUGCAAAUUCACAAUAAAUUAGUUGAAGAUAUCUAAACAAUUCGGUUAUCAAAUGAGGCCACCUUCUUUAACAAGUCACAGGUUAUCUUCCAAUAAUUCGACUGAGUCCGGACAAUACUGCAAGUGGUUUAUUUUCCUUGUUUUGCCUGAAUUAUGAAACUUGAAAAUUUAUCUUUACAAUUUUAUUUUCUAAACAUUUUGUUUUCAAAGGAAAAAAAAUUAUUUUUCUAUCGUAUUACUCUGAAAAUGUAUAUUACAGACCAAUUUAAAAAAAAUUAAAAU